AUGCUUAUGGAACGCUCAGGAGAAUCUCCUCUCACCAUCAUCAUCGUCACCAACGACAUCGACGACGUUUACAGGACGAUAUCAGCGCAGGGGAGGCGACUCCGGCACUUUCAAAUCCGCAUGCUUAGUCCAUCGCCGAAUCACCACUCGUUGCUUUUCCCCUCUGCCGCGCCCCUCCUCGAGACACUUUCCAUCAAAUAUGAGGUCGACGCUCCGGCUGGGACAGAAUACCGCAAUGCAUCGUCGACCCGGAUGUUCCACGACGGUCCCUCAUCUCUUCGUGCCCUUGAGCUUUGGCCCGUGCAGUACGCACUGCCGCUCGACUCCUUCCCCCUCAUAACACAUCUCUUCCUUUCAUUCGACUCAGUCAAUAUCGAGAACAGCAGCCUCUUAGAAAAUGUCCUAGGCCUGCUGUCACGCACCCCCCUGCUGCGGUUCUUCAGUCUGCGCGACGUCCAAUGUGACAGCAACUCCCUACCCGCAUCAAAGGGCAAUCUGCCAGCUAUGGUCAAACUUUCGCGCUUGAAUAGCAUGUCAGUAUCGCGAAGCAACUGGGAGUUCAUCGGGAACCUCUUCCGUCGCCUCAAUCUCCCCCUCGAGUUCCACAUACAUGUCACCGACCUGCCUUCCGAAGCCAGCUUCAACCACUGGAACGACUGCGCGUCGAAAACCGUGAACCUUUUGUGCCGGACGGCAAUCCCAUCCCUCGAGCGUCUCAAGAUCUGCCAGUCGGAUCGGGCUACCAUCAUAGCCGAGGGUCCACUCUCGCAGGCCCCCCUCCCUCGUGCGCGCGGUCGUCUCGCGCUCUCCACAGGAGUCGGACAUAUGCCUCACAUCCGUCGCGUCGACGCCGUCUUAUGGCUCGCGUCUCUCCCCACACACAUCCCAUUCUCGUCAAUUCGGGACCUGCACCUCGACUUCGCAGACUUCCCCCGCCACCUCCUACCCCCAUUGCUCGCGCACACCCCCGCGCUGACCACCCUCGUCUUCCUCUUCCGCGUGCACGACGGCACCGUGACCGGUGUGGACGAGCUCGUCGCGCUCGGCGUGCUCACCGACGCCCUCCUCCGCCCCGCCGCCGACGGCGCCCUCCCGUGCCCGCAGCUCUCCACGCUCCGCUCGUGGGUCUGGUUUCCGGGGCUCAUCGCGAACGGGGGCUUCACCGAUUUCCCGCGGCGCACGCAGCUCGACCUCACGUUCGCGAAGCUCGCCGCCCUCGCGACAGGGCGCGCGCGCCUCGGCCGGCCGCUGCGCACGCUGCUCCUCGCGCCCAUCACCGUCCCCGAGCGGCCGGAGAAGCUGCGGGAGGUGGGGCGCGAGGGCGGCGAUUCCGGGCGGUCCCGGAAGGCUCUCGUCGACGUCACGGUCGACGCGGGGAUCGAGACGCUCCGGGGCGUCGUGGAGGAGGUCGUGUGGGCGCCGGACGGGGCGGGACGGGUGGAGCUCGACCGGCUGUUUGCGGCGGACACGGCGGCGGCGGAUGAGGAGGACUUGGGGCGCGCGGGGCGGUAUUGGCGGAUGCCGCGGGGGGCUGGCGCGUAA